GCACAAGGCGGGGGCGGAGCCGAGCGCGCAUGCGCAGCGGAGUUGGGCGGCAAUGGGCAGCGGCGAGGCGCGCUCAGUUGGCAUUUCCUAUACAAGGGUGAGAACAGCCAGUCCGCUGUGCUGGACAACUGCGCCCUCAAAGCGUCGGAGACCUGCCAGCCUUGCUCCGAGUCGGCAGCCGUAGCUAGGCGAGCCCCGUCUUUUACGACAGCAAGGAACAAAUGAUGGCUUACGCUCAGGAAAUGGCUUGACUGUCCCUGGUAGCGGAGGAGCCAUGGAUUGGCCCCGGCCAGGGUCCAGCACGUGCCGGGAGAAGUGGCCCAUCUGAAGCGGAGGUGAUGCGACGCCCCAUGACAGAACCAGCAGGACCAUGGGUUUGCGAUUGCGGGGCUGUCUCUCCGCCUUGCCCACUGCUGUGGUGUACGGGUCCCUCUCGCUCUUCAUUUCCAUUUUGCACAACGUGUUCCUCCUGUACUACGUGGACACCUUUGUCUCUGUUUACAAGAUUGAUAAACUGUCCUUCUGGAUCGGCGAGACAGUGUUUCUGAUCUGGAACAGCCUCAAUGACCCCCUCUUUGGCUGGCUGAGUGACCGGGUAUUUCUUAGCACGCAACAGCCGGGAGCGGAGAUCUCCUUGCCAGAAGUUGUUCUGAAGAGGCUUAAGGCUCUGAGCCGCAACGGCCCCCUAUUUGCCCUUUCCUUCCUGGCUUUCUGGGUUGCGUGGGCCCACCCAGGCUUGCAGUUCCUCCUCUGCCUCUGCUUCUACGACAGCUUCCUCACCAUGGUCGAUCUCAACCACAACGCCUUGCUCGCGGACCUCGCCGUUUCUGCCAAGGACAGGACCAGCCUCAACUUCUACUGUUCGCUCUUCAGUGCCAUCGGUUCACUCUCCGUCUUCAUGUCCUACGCGGUGUGGAACAAAGAGGACUUCUUCUCUUUCCGCAUAUUUUGCGUGGUGCUGGCUCUCUGCUCCGUCCUUGGCUUCAGCCUGUCAACGUGGCUGCUGAGGCAACGAUUUGAGACUGAAGGGAAAGCAAAAUGGGACCAAGAGGCCACUUUGAAAGAACUGUACGUGGAGCAGCCGUCUGCCCCGCAGGAGAAGAGGAUCACGCUGGCCGAGUACCUCAAGCAGCUCUCCAGGCACCGCAACUUCCUCUGGUUCGUCUGCAUGAACCUGAUCCAGGUAUUUCACUGCCACUUCAACAGCAACUUCUUCCCUCUCUUCCUGGAACAUCUGCUGUCUGACCGGAUCUCUGUGUCCACAGGAUCCUUCCUGCUGGGCGUUUCCUACAUUGCUCCUCAUCUCAACAACCUCUACUUCCUGUCUCUGUGCCAAAGAUGGGGGGUUUACGCCGUGGUGCGUGGGCUCUUCUUCCUGAAGCUGGCGCUCAGCGUGGUCAUGCUCUUGGCAGGACCUGACCAGGUGCAUCUGCUCUGCAUCUUCAUCGCCAGCAACCGGGUCUUCACUGAAGGGACUUGCAAGUUGCUGAACCUGGUCGUCACCGACUUGGUGGACGAGGAUUUUGUCUUGAACCGCAGGAAGCAGGCGGCCUCGGCCCUCUUGUUUGGGAUGGUCGCUUUGGUGACCAAGCCAGGCCAGACCUUUGCCCCUCUGAUUGGCACCUGGCUGCUGUGUGCUUACACAGGUUACGACAUCUUCCAGCGGGACCCUGUGAGCAACGUGCUGAGCACCCAGCCGAAGCUCGAGUCCGGCACGGCCUGGAAGCCCACCCUGCGCCAAGGCUGCUUCUACCUCCUCGUCUUCAUCCCCAUCACAUGCGCGCUGCUGCAGCUCCUCAGCUGGUCCCAGUUCAACCUGCGGGGCCGGCGCCUGCAGGCGGUGAAGGCCCAGCGCCAGGUCCUGACUCGGGGUCACUCGCGAGAGAUCAAGAUGAUCUGAGACCCCUUCGGAGCCCUUUCUGGGGACCCUGCCUCUUGCCAACUGUGUCUAGUGCGGUGCGCCUCCGUGCCCUCCGGUGCAGCAGAGGCCAGCGGUGUUACUGGUCACCGCUUCCAGGUGCUUACGAUUCAACUGUGAAAUGCCCCAAUACUUGCCAAGCAGAGAUUUACUCAUUCCAGGAGGCGGCAAGCGCUUCGUAGAGACAGGUGAUUGCAGCAGUGCCGGGUGGGUUUGCUCAGGCAGGCGCAUGGAGUCCCAGGUUCGGCAUCCCCGUUGUUGUCCUUCAAAUAUAAGAUCCCCUGGAAUUUAAGACACAUGUUCUGACUCUCCGAUGCAGCCAAAAAAAACCCAAAUCAAAUAUCCUAGUAAAGCAAAUUGACAAGGGCACAGCCACGGCAGGGCACAGGAAAGCUUUUCACUGUUUACAUUUUGACUCAGGUUUAGGACGGGGGCAUUUUUGGAAGGAAUACUUCGUUUUAAAAUGUUUCUUAUAUUUGAAGGAUUACAGCAGAGGCGGACAACAGGGGAGCGAACAACUCGCUUGCAUUGAGUUGUGGAGAGAGCUGGUUGAGUGAGGUCUCUAGGGCAGCAUUUCGCCCCGUGGGACUCCCAUGGGAAAUGCUUGGCCAGUUUGGCAGUGGCUUUGUGCCUGGCCAGUGGGACUCCAUGCCUUGCCUCUGCCCCCAUCUGGAGCAGCAGGAGUGGGUGGCAAUGCAGAAACUUCCAUUUUGGGGGUGAUGGGUGCCCUCCACCCACUGCCAGAUAAAGGCUGGGAUGGGCAGGGUCCCCCUGGAGUGCUGCCCGGAGGACUGGAGACCCAGGCAGGGCUCGGAGCUGAAAGGGGGUGUGAAGGACCACAGGGAAGGCAGGCAGGGAUAGGGGCAGGUCUCCUCGGUGCUGGGAGACUCCAGUGCAGCGGUCCCAGUGCUGACGCUGAGCCUUAUGUUCGAUGCUCUGUAGGGGAUGACACCGGGCCUGGCUCCGACCCAUUUGUGCUGGGUUGAGAUCGGGUCCGUCCCCCAGAACAAUUUACUGCAAAGCACAUUUCCUGCAGCUGCGGUCGGGCACGAGGGCCCUGCCCUCACCGCAGCGCCAGGCACAUCCCUCAAACGUGGAGGAAGCCGUCCAGGGCAAGCGGCUGCAAACCUGCCUGCCUAGCUCAGCGGAGGGGAGGAUGUCCUGGCCGAAGUCCCACGGCUCGUUGCUCCCAAACUGCCGCAGAGGAUGGUGAGGCCAGGCUCCCGGCAGCAAGUGCACAGGGCAGGAGAGAGCCCCCGUCACUGCCUGUGACCCGGGGCGGUUUCUCCAUGACAGCAGGUACAGCCGCACUCGGCUCAUGGUGCUGAAUCUCAGGUUAGAUACGGGCUUCCAGGCUCCUCAGUGGGCUUGGCCCUGGGGGCUCUGGCGACAGUCCUCAUCCCCUCCCUCCCCUGCCAGCUGUGCUGGAGGACCCGUGCGCUGCCACUCUCCAGCAAGCUGGCAAUGUGGGGGAUUGCUGAGCACUAAUAUCCCCCCCUUCCAGCCCCAUUGCAGCCAGUCUCUUAACAAGGUAGGGGCCCUCCCAUGCCCAGCCACGCAAGUAAUUUCACAGGCGUCAGCAGUGCUGGGGGGGCUGGAGCAUGGCCCCGCAUCGCUGGCAGGGUGUCUGAGGGCAGCAUGGGCUCUGCUGUAAGUCCAGGGACCCUUUGCCCAGCUCUGCACCUUCCUUUCCCUUGCUGGGACAGGAAAGCGCAGCCUCACAUGGCCGCUGGGUUCUUCCUGCCUUGAACCGUCUUAAACCCCUUGCACAGUACUAUGAGCGAAGUCCUGGCCCCAGCAAAGUCCCAGGCAAAGCUCCCGUCUGCUGCCCCUGGGGCCAGGAUUUCACCCUCCUGGGAGUGGCAUUUGUUUCACCUCCUGGGACACGCCAGGCUCUUAGAGCAGUGUUUGAAUGGGUGAAGACCAACCCCGGUCUGUCACUGGCUUUGACCCUCCUGCUUUAUUUACAUCACGGACAAGGGGGGUGGAAGGGAGCUUGGGAGGUCACAUCCAGUCCAGCCCCCUGCUCCAAGCAGGACCAGCCCCAACUACAUCAUCCCAGACAAGGCUUUGUCUACCGGGGUCUUAAACACCUCCAGGGAUGGAGACUUCACCACCGCUCUGGGGAUCCUGUCCCAGUGCUUCACCACCCUCCUAGCAAGAAAAGUUUUCCUAAUAUCUAACCUCAACUUCCCUUGCUGCGCAUCGUGUUCGGCUAAUAUCCAGCGAUAGCCGUGGAGCGGUUUAGUGCAGGGAGCUCUGGCCUUUCCCCGGGUUGGGAUCAGGUCGUGCGCAGGGUUGUAGCUAGCAGUUUUCCUCCCAGCGGCGUGCGCAGCUCCACGUCCUGUGCAGUCCCCUGGCUUGUUGGCAGGGAAGGUUUGGUGCUGAGCACGUGUCUGCUGGUGUCAGUAGAGCCGGAGCCCGAGAUGAUGCCCAAGCGCCCUGGCGUUGUCUGGUUUGGCUGCAAGAGGACCAGCUUCUGCCGCAGGAGCCGGGCAAGCGCUGGGAGCUCCCGAGGCCCAAGGCACCGUCCUGUGCACGUGCUGUGUGUUCACCCAGGGGCCGGUCAGGUGGCACCAUCGGCUUCCCUCCAUCCGGCUGUUAACCACGGAGCCACCCACAUCCCCACUGCCACGUCUUUUUGGGGCACGACUGCCUCCAGCCUUGGACCAAGACACAAGGAAGCCAUGCCACUGCCUGGACCCCUCCGCCUCUUCGGGCGGUUACGCCCUGACUUAUCCAUGUGAUUUUUACCAGGCCUCGUGCCUGACUUUUCGUUUCCGAGCCACAGGUGAUUAAAGGCCUUUUCUGUA